AUGGAGUUUUCUUCAUUUUCUGAAGCAAGUAGCUCCAGAAAGCAUUUGAAAUCAUGUAUGUUUGGAAGUUUUAGCAAGAAGGGGUUCCAGAGGGAUCAAUCUCGCACGACUGAUGAUCUGGAAUGGAUUAAUCGGAUUACAGAGUGUCCAGUCUAUCAUCCUGCAAUCGAGGAUUUCGAGGAUCCGUUGGAGUAUCUUCAGAAAAUUGCACCGGAAGCAUCAAAAUAUGGAGUAUGCAAGAUCGUUCCUCCUUUAACUUCUGGCGCUCCAACUGGUGUUGUAAUGAAGAAGGAGAAACCAGGUUUCAGAUUUACACCUAAAGUUCAGCCCCUUCGGAUUGCUAGAUGGACGAUGGACGACAAGAACACAUUUUUCAUCGGGAGAAAAAGCUACACUCUUCGUGAUUUUGAGGUCAUGGCAAACAGGGUGACGGCUAACAAAUAUUGUUUAUCGGGAUGUCUUCCAUCCGCAUAUUUGGAAAGGGAAUUUUGGGUCGAAAUGAUGCAUGGCAAGAAGGGAACAGUCGAAUAUGGAGUGAAUGUAGAUGGAAGUGCUUUCUCGUCUUCCUCUAAUGAUCACCUUGGAAACAGCAAAUGGAACUUGAAGAAACUUCCAAGACUGCCGAGAUCAGCACUUCGUUUGGUGGAAAAUCCCGUUCCGGGAGUGACCGAUCCCAUGCUGUACAUAGGAAUGCUCUUCAGUAUGUUCGCGUGGCAUGUAGAGGAUCACUAUUUGUAUAGUAUUAAUUAUCAUCAUUGUGGGGCACCAAAAACAUGGUAUGGAGUUCCUGGUAGUGCUGCUCACGAGUUCGAGAAGGUUAUCCGCCGUCAUGUUUACACUAGAGAAAUUUUGCCAACUGAUGGAGGAAAUGGAGCUUUCGAGUUGCUUGCAGAGAAAACGACUAUGUUUCCUCCAAAGAUCUUGUUGCAAAAUCGUAUCCCGGUCUACAAAGUUGUCCAAUCACCGGGGGAGUUUGUCAUCACCUUUCCUAGAGCAUAUCAUGCGGGUUUCAGUCAUGGCUUCAACUGUGGAGAGGCGGUGAACUUUGCAGCCCAUGACUGGUUCCCAUUUGGCGGGGCUGCUAACGAGAGAUAUGCACUUCUUCGAAAGAAGCCCAUCAUUCCUUAUGAAGAAAUUCUAUGUAAAGAAGCUAUGAUUCUUUCCUCCAAGACUCGAAAAGAUGAUACUUGCGAUCCUGAUGCGGUUUCUGAGCGUUUUAUCAAGAUCUCAUUUACAUCUCUAAUUCGAAAGCAUGAUUGUGCCCUUUUGUGGUUGAAAUCACUCGACCGAUCUCUUAGAAUUGCUUCAAAUCUCGAAGAAACCAUCAGCUGCAGCCUCUGCAAACAGGAUUGUUAUGUGGCUAAUGUCAUCUGCAACUGUUAUGUUGAUCCCAUAUGUGUUUUUCAUGCACAUAUUACAGAUACAGAACUCUUUAAAUGCGGUUGUCGGAGCGAUCGUUUUCUUUCUGUGAGACGAGACCUACCCAAAAUGAAAGACGUGGCGAAAAAGUUCGAAGAAGAAGAAAAGUUAAUCCGGGGGGCAGAGAAACGGACGAAACAUGACAAUUGUGUUUCUCCUGGCUGCAAUCGACACCGGAAGGGUCAAGAUACAUCGGAUCGGAUCAGAUAUGUUGAUACAAAGAUUCAACACAGUAAAGUAUGUGGAAAAGAGGGUAGUAGGUGUAGAAAACUGAAGACAUUUUGUGGGAAGAACAUUGCCAAGGUUGAUGUGGCAACACCUGUAAAUAAGAGAGGGACCAGGGGUAAAAUAGGAAUUUCACCCACGUGGAAGGAGAGAAGAUCAAGUGGUAGACUGAAGGAAUUAAACAAGAAAUAUGGAAAGAAGGCUUCUAAGUGCCACCUUUGUUGUUCCAAAAUUGCCCAUUAA